CUUUGGAUUCAACAGAGAAAUGAUUGAAUGUUUGAAAAUCAAUGUUUCACUCAAUUUAUGAAUUAAUUAAUCUUGUGAUCAUUGGUUUGCCAUUCAAUUAGAUCCACGCAUUGAGUCCAUACAUCACGAGAAUCCAUGGCUGAAGACUUCGAGCUCUUGUUCUUCGACACCUUCUCGCAAACGGAUGGACCCGAUGGACCAAAUCUGGGUUUAGUUCAGUUCCCGAAUCCCAUUAUCAUUAAAGAGAUUCGUGUCAUACCAUUGGGCGCCAGAGUUGAGGCCGACUUUCCCGGAGGUCUUCGG